UCUUUUGUGACUCGGGAGUUAUCAGUCGAGCUUAAAUUUUGAGAAAAAUAGUUUAGCCGAAUUUUUGUGCCAAGUGAAAUAAAAUGCAAUUUUAAAAAACAAAAUGUCACAAAAUUUACAGAAGAAACCUUCAAAAGGUAUAUUAAAAACCUCGCGUAGCGUCGAUGGGCAGGAUGGGGUGCCUUCCACGAGUAAGCGAGCGAAAGAGCAACGGUUUGAUGAGAUGAAUAUAAUGGAGACGUUUCAUCCCCCGAAUAAGGAUUAUGGGCAUAUGAAAGUGGACGAGCCAAAAACACCAUAUUCGGAAGCAGUGGAUAGCGAUAUGGAACCCAAUGAUGAGUUAGAUGCGAAUAUUUUGGCGGCGAAAUUGGCCGCUAGUAUGAACAAGCCGCCCAAAUGUGUGGAACUGAGCGAGAGCGACGAAGACGAGCCGGAAGAGGAUAAAGAGCGGAGGUUAGAAUUUGAAAAGAAAAGGAAAAUGCAUUACAAUGAGUUCCAGGCCUUGCAGCUGGCGAGACAGUUGAUGGCGCAAGAGGAAGAAGAGGACGAAGAAAAGGACCAAGCGACCAGCACUUGACUGCGUACACUCCCACUGACACCAUUAUAUGCCAAGUGUUGUCAAUGGAUAAGUGGAGCGGGUUCGAGCAGACAAUAUAAAAGUGAAUUGUUUGUAACGCCAUAGGCAUGUGUUCCUGAUUUGGCUGUAAAAAGUUCAAUGUGUGUCCCCAAGUGGUUAUAGGGAUUUGUGAAGGUCACCAACAACAUUCUUGUUUAAAUAAAAAAAAACUUUAAUAUUGUUAUAACUAUAUAA